GUUUAAGCCAGAAAUCAGUCGCAGCUAGUGGCCCGAAGAGUCAGUUACAGUGAUACUACAGACCGAAAGAGUAGACCAGAGACCAGAGCGCGUUACGUAGUGGAGUGCCUCUCGAAUAUCAUCGAAUAUCGUGUGUGUCGCAAGCGUCAAGAUCAGAUCAGCGGAAAGAGACUGAACACCACCAUCGACAAAGUGCUAAGCCAAAAUCGAAAUCAAACGAAAAACUAAGUGCAAAAAAAGUGGAAAAAGUGCUGCUGCAUCCACGCGUGCAAUUAAAAAGUCAUACACAAAAAAAAGACACAAGUUCCAAAGCCAAAAUAAAAACCCACAACACAACAACAAAAUAAAGAUGAACCAGACAUGCAAAGUGUGCGGCGAACCGGCAGCGGGCUUCCAUUUUGGCGCCUUCACCUGCGAGGGCUGCAAGUCAUUCUUUGGCCGAUCGUACAACAACAUCAGCACCAUCAGCGAGUGCAAGAACGACGGCAAGUGCAUCAUUGACAAGAAGAAUCGCACCACCUGCAAGGCGUGCCGCCUCCGCAAGUGCUACAAUGUGGGCAUGUCCAAGGGCGGCUCGCGGUACGGCCGCCGCUCCAACUGGUUCAAGAUCCACUGCCUGCUGCAGGAGCACGAACAGGCCGCCGCUGCCGCCGGCAAGGCACAGUCCGCCGGCGGAGUUACCUCCUCGCCGGUCGGCUCCCCACACACCCCCGGAUUCGGGGACAUGGCCGCAGCCGCCGCCCAUCUGCACCACCAGCACCAGCAGCAGCAGGCCCAACAGCAGCAGCAGCAGCGCCACCCACACAUGCCCCUCCUCGGGUAUCCCAGCUACCUGGCCGAACCGUUCGGCGCCCGCCAUCCCGCCGAUGCCGCCGCUGCAGCAGCCCUGCCCUUCUUCAGCAUGAUGGCCACCCCCCAGUCGGCCUUCCAGCUGCCCCCGCACCUGCUCUUCCCCGGCUACCAUGCCAGUGCGGCGGCUGCAGCGGCCGCGGACGCCGCCUACCGCCAGGAGAUGUACAAGCACCGCCAGAGCGUCGACUCGGCCGGAUCGGUGGAGUCGCAGAGCCGCUAUACACCGCCCAGCGUGGCGGCUGUGCCCUCGCCCCCAGCCCGCCCUCAGACGCCCAUCGAUGUGUGCCUGCAGGAGGAGGAUGUCCAGUCCGUGCACAGCCACCACAGCCACCAUAGCCAGCAUAGCCAUCACAGCCAGACGACGACGACGCCGCUGAUGCACCACCCCAUCGCCAUCCGGGCCACGCCCACCACCACCCAGCUCAGCAGCCCCCUCAGCUUUGCCGCCAAAAUGCAAUCCCUGUCGCCCGUCUCCGUCUGCUCGAUCGGCGGAGAGACCACAGAGCAGCAGCAGCAGCAGUCCGCUUCGACAGCUGCCCAGGAUGGACCCAUGGACCUCAGCAUGAAGACGUCGCGCAGCUCCGUGCACAGCUUCAAUGACAGCGAUGCCUGCAGCCUGCAGGACGAGCAGGAGCAGGCGCCGCGUCGCAAGUUCUAUCAGCUGGAGGCCGAGUGCAGCACCGCCAGCAGCAGCAGCAGCUCCAUCACCACCCACACCUCCUCGUCCUCCUCCUCCUCCUCCUCCGAACACGAGGCCAUCAAGCGGCAGAAGCUGAGCGGCGGCGGCGGCCAGGAGGCGGUGGUGUCGUCUCCCUUUGGGGCAGCCACAGCGGCGGCACGCAGCGGUUUUGCGGUGGCCCACAAUGCGGCCAGUGCGAUGCGGGGUAUCUUUGUGUGCGUCUAAGCGGAUCGUUGGAGCGGUGGGAGGAGCCCCAGUUCCCUCUCAUCCCUCCCUCCGCCCACCGUCCACCCUCCAUCACUUGUUGUUGAUUUUUUUAGUGUAUUUUUGUUGUUAAAUGUUAAUUUCAUGUGCGGGCCUCACUCGCACACGAGACAGAGCGAGGGAGAUGGAGCGCCAGCGAGACAGAGAUGGCGAUAGACUGGUUUGCUGGAAAGAGAUGGCCAGAUAGUUGCAUCGCACUCUCACUCACACUCACACACACACACACGCACAC